CGCGGAGCGCGGGAAGGACGAAAAUGGCGGCGGCGAUCGGGGGAUGAGGAGGGGCUGCUGAGCUGUGACUCCUGCAGAGCUUCCCCUGGGGCCGUCCCCUGCCCUGCAGCCCAGGUCUCUCAUUCCCCGAGGACCCCCUCCUGCAGAGCUGGGGGCUUCCAGGCCCCCUGCGGGCUGUCUGCAGCAGGAUCCCACCAUGGAAGAGGUGGAUUCCCGCUUCCUGCACCUGCUGCAGCCCAUCCGUGACCUCACCAAGAACUGGGAGGUGGACGUGGCUGCCCAGCUGGGCGAGUACCUGGAGGAGCUGGACCAGAUCUGCAUUUCCUUCGACAACGGCAGGACCACCAUGAACUUCAUGGAGGCAGCGCUGCUGAUCCAGGGCUCUGCCUGCAUCUACAGCAGGAAGGUGGAAUACCUGUACAUGCUGGUCUGCCAGACACUGGACUGCAUCUCCAAGAAAAAGAAGGAGAAGCUCCCCACUUCCCUGGGCCCCAACGGCCGCGAUGCCGACGCCACCUUCACGGACAAGGAGGAGGAGUUCCUGUCCCUGGAUGACAUCCCAGAGACCAGCCAGGCCAGCGUGGACAUGAGGAGGGACCAGCAGCCUGCUGCCGUGAACAUCGUUCCCCUGACCCCGAUGUCCCUGGUGCCCCCGGAAGAGGGGGAGAAGAAGGAAAACCCCCUCCUGAGCCGGCGCGGCGAGGUGCUGGCCAGCCGCAGGGAUUUCCGGAUGAACACCUCCACCCCGCACGCCUGCGGCGCCUUCCUGCUGGAGCUGGCCGGGCUCUCCCCCACCCACCCGCAGCAGGAGCAGCGCCUGGGGACCGCCACAGUGGCUCCACGAUCCAGCCCCGCGGAGCGUCCGAGCUCUGGCACGGCCCUGGCGCGGGCGCUGAGCUUCUGCGAGGAGGCAGGACCUGAGGAUGACGAUGUUCCUGCAGCCCUGGAGGAUGACAUGGAAGUGACCCCGGUCCCUAAAGAACACAUCGUGGCUCAGAGGAGCACGCCCCAGACCCGGGGGUACGUCCUGCGGGAGAGACCCCCCAGCCCGGACCCCAAAGCCCUCAGCAAGGAGGAGCCCAGCCCGUGGCAGAGCCUCGACCCCUUCGGAGACUCUGAGGAGAAGCCCUUCAGGAAAGGGAGGCCCUUCCAGGUGCCACACGGCCUGGAUGAGGUGACUGGAGGCAAGAGGAAGAGGAGGGGCCCGAGGAAGCUCCAGGAUUUCACCAGAUGGUUCUCUGCAGCCUACAACAACGUCACGGAGGGCCGGAAAAGCAGGAGGAGGGGCCCCACCUUUGCAGACCUGGAGGUGCUGUACUGGCGGCAUUUCAAGGAGCGGCUGGUGGCGCGCAGGAAGCUCCAGAGCCGGGGGGUGCUGCUGAGGGAGUCGGAGCCAGAGCUGGAGCAGGAGCGCGGGGCCGACAGCGAGGAAGGGGAAGACGAUUUUGUGGAGCAUGAGGACAUGGAGCCUGAGGCGCCAGAGGAGCUGGAGGAGGAAAUCCUGGACCCCCCUGAACCUGGCUACGAGGAGCUGGUGCGCAGGAACGUGGAGCUGUUCAUGGCCAGCUCCCAGAAGUUCGCGCAGGAGACGGAGCUGUCGCAGCGCAUCCGGCAGUGGGAGGAGCGCAUAGAGCCGCUGCUGCAGGAGCAGGAGAGCCGUGUCGCGUUCGAUGUCCGCGCCUACGGGCAGCAGCUGACCGAGCGCUGCGCGGAGCUGGGCCAGUGGCACUCCCUGGCCAGCCUGGUGGCCGGGCAGCCGCCGUUCGAGGUGUGCCGCUACCUGCUGGCCUCGCUGCAGCUGGAGGCUUUGGGGGCUCCCUGGGGGGGGGUCGCUGGGUGUGCCAGGCCCCCCUGCCACCCGCUGUCCCCUCCCCAGGCCAACGACGAGGAGGUGGAGCUGGCGCAGGAGCCGGGGCUGGAGGCGGCGCUGGACACGGCGCGGCUGCGGCUGAUCUCGGCCCGCCCGGCGCACGAGAGGUUCCAGCAGCUCCAGCUGCCCUCCCAGAGAGACCCCGGCCCCCAAUAAACCCCCCCUUUGCUAAGGAGAGGCCUCUGACCUAGGGGUGUAAUGGGGGUGGGGGGGUCAUGGG